UGUAAAAAAAAACAACCCUAACAUUCGAGUUGCAGGGAAAGGAAGAAUAAGAAGAUGACGCAGAAAGGGGAUUUGUUCAAAGGGAAAAAGAAGCAGAAAACAAUCCCUCCUAGUCGCCACGGAAAACUUCCUCACAUUCGCAAAGGUAGGAGGGUCGUUAAGCCAUCCAAGCAAACCAAAGAGAUGGACGCUGAUCGAGAGCUGACCAAGUUCAUAAAUCAUUGCAACGAGAUAAAAGCGGCAACGGUUGCUAACAAGGAUGGAGGCCAACUAAGUAUAGUAAAGCUGCCCCCACAAUCUUAUGCUGAUGCCAAGGAAUAGAACAGAACAUAGUAGUACUUCAUUGCUGAUGCAGCUUUUUCUACAAGUAGUAAGCGAUCCCUUUAUGAUGUAAAAUUUGCGUUUAAAAAGUUUCUUUUCCAGUGGCAGUUUUGUUGAAUUACUUAACGUGUAUGCAUAUUGAGAUGAGCUUAUGGCAGGCAACCAAAAAUAUUUGCUUAACCAUCUUUCUAACUAAAA